AUGGCUAUUCCCUUCCCGCAUUUCAUCUCCUCCGAGAAAGCCGCCAUGGAAGCUGGCCUUCUCGUACCGUCCUCCCCCUCUUCCUCCGUCUCCGUAAUCCUCACCCAAGACGAUUUGAAGAAAAUCGCCGCCUACAAAGCCGUUGAAUACGUCGAAUCCGGCAUGGUUCUCGGCCUCGGAACCGGCUCAACUGCCAAACAUGCUGUCAACCGUAUCGGCGAGCUUCUCCAGCAAGGGAAGCUCACGAACAUCAUUGGCAUACCGACUUCAACGAUUACUCACGAGCAAGCUCUGUCGCUAGGGAUUCCUUUAUCAGAUCUUGAUACUCAUCCGGUUGUUGAUCUUGCUAUCGACGGUGCUGAUGAAGUUGAUCCUUAUCUGAAUUUGGUGAAAGGACGCGGUGGAUCACUUUUGAGAGAGAAAAUGGUGGAAGGUGCUUGUAAGAAAUUUGUUUGCAUUGUGGAUGAGUCAAAAUUGGUUAACUACUUGGGUGGGAGCGGUUUAGCUAUGCCGGUUGAGGUUAUUAGGUUUUGUUGGCAAUAUACUGCUGGUAGGCUUCAGAGUCUGUUUGAUGAAUCUGGUUGUGUUGCGAAGUUGAGAAUUUUUGGUGAGAAGAAAGAACCUUAUGUUACUGAUAAUGGGAACUAUAUUGUGGAUUUGUAUUUUGAGAAGAGUAUUGGUGAUUUGAAGGUUGCAAGUGAUGCCAUUCUGAAUAUUGCUGGUGUUGUGGAGCAUGGAAUGUUUUUGGAUAUGGCUACUACUGUUAUUGUUGCAGGUGAACUUGGGUUAACUGUGAAGAAUAAGUAG